UCAAAUGUUUGUGAUUAUUUUUUUGCACAUCAAUUUGUGGUCACACAAGCCGGCAUUACAGCAGGCAAGCAGCCGUCGCCACUAACAAAUUUUGCCGCGUUUUGUCAAAACAGUGAUUGUCAUUUGUUAGUGCAAGUAAAUUAAGCAAAAUGGAAGGUGUAGUCGAGGACAUGUGGACGCCUUACAAGCGUUUGUACAACAUAUUUCAAUUGGCCAUCACAAAUCCGAGCGAUGUCACCUCCGAUCUGGAGCUGUGCCUCAAAAAGUACAAACAGAACUUUACCAACUUUCUGCGCAAUCCGCCAAAGAGCGAGAAGAGUCGCACACAUCUGCGCAAUGCGCUCACCGAGGGUGUUCUGCUCGCCGGUCAGACACACAAAGUGGAAUUGUCACACGAGUUGAUCGAUGAGGCGAUCAUCAUCUCGGAUAUGUUUGAUUUGGACGAGAUCUUUGCCUUGGAGCUGCUCUGCACAGCACAGCGUCAACAGAUCCAUCAUCCAGGCUUGUCACGUGGCCUGGUCGCUGUACUACUUUACUACGAUGGUCGCAAGGCAAUUUCAUGCACGCUGCGCGACAUGUUUCAAGCUGUUAGCGGCGUCGCAUGGAGCACCGAUUUGCCGCGAGAGAUUACAGGCUUGAUUAACAACUAUGCGCAGAAUCUGGUCGAUGAUUCCAACAUAUUGGGUCGUCUGCUGGAGCUCAUCGGUGAUAUGAAUGUGGAGAAGGAGAUUGGUUUGUUGACCAAGAAUCGCGCCUUUGGCUCAAAGAAGCAUCAGAACCAAGUGCUCGGCUUGUAUGAGGAUACGCGCAAAACGAUUGCCAUGGCCAUGUUCAAUUGGUCCGCACAGCGUGGUCUGCCCAAAAACAUUGCCAUACGUUUGCUGCAGUAUUUGGCCAAUGUGAAAUCCACCGAUUCCAAUGGAAAUCUCGAUGAUGUCACCGUCAUUCUGCUGAUGACCCUGCUCUACGCUUACGACACUUCGGUGCUGCUGAUGACCGACUGUGACAGUCCGUACACAGCACGUUUGCCCAUUUUGUGUGACGGCGAAUAUGCGAAAUGCUUCUACGAGGCCAUCUACGCACAGAGCAGCUGGCAAACGCCACAGUUGGAUGCGAUUAUUAAGUACAGCUUUGGCUUGACAUUGGCUAGUCUGCGUCAGGCGCCAAGUGAGGUGCAAACGAAUGUGGGCGCCAUUAUCAAUCGGGAUGAGCAGCUAAUUGACGAGGCGCUGGUCGGCAAUGUCUUUGGCUUUCUCUAUCGCAAUCUGCUCGAGAAGAACAUUUGCUACAGCACCGAGUUCAUUUAUCGUCGCUUGCACGUGCUCAUCACCGACUUCAUUGACUUUAUGCACGCCAAGGUUUCCGAGCUGCGUGGACGCGCCGAUGAAACCGCACGCACCAUGGUCAGCUUUCUGAACGAGGGCCUCGAGCCUCCACCACAUCUGGAUGUGAACUUUGAGCUGCUCAUGCUGUGCGUGGCCAAGUUGUAUGGCGACAAGCGAGCAGUGAUCACACUCUGCAACGAGUAUUGGGGACCCACCGAUUCGGCCGAUCAGCAGACGAACACGUCGCGCGCCAUUUCGCUGUUCAAGUUCAUACGUCUGGCGAGCGAUUUGCUGCCACAGACACUGUUCAAAUCGUAUCUCAAUAUGAUUGCGGGCCUAACGCGCUCCGAAUUUUCGGCACGUUGUGCUUUCAACUUGUUGAAGAACUCACCGAACUUGUCGUCAUCGUGUGCCGUCAGUUGGGAUCACUUUUUCAAUGCGCUUAACAAUUACUUCAAUAACAUGCGUACCGACUUCGAUGUGUCACUUUAUAAUACGAGCGAUUCAAUUUAUCGCGGUCGCUCGAUGCCCCGCAACAUGACGCCCCGCGAAACGGAGCACAUGGUGGCUGUGAUGUCGGUGAUACAAGCGGUUGCCAAUCACGAUGAAAUCUCACGCAUCAUGAUCUGUGAUCAGACCACUUGGCAGACGCCACAAGUGCUGCUCGGUCUGGUGGCAUGCACCACGCCCGUGGUGCUCAAGGGCGAGAUACUUUUCACCCUCGCUGCACUGAGUAAAUCAAAGGAAACGGCACGCACAAUUUGGUUUCAUUUGGAGGAAUCACAGAUCAUUCCCACGUUGCCGCCGCGUCAAACGCAAUAUCCCGAAUUCAGUUUGGCCGAGGAAAUCGAUCAGAACGAGAGUCGCAUGGAGACGUAUAAAUUGAGUCGCGGCAUUCUGCAAUUGCUCUACACACUGAUGACCACUCACAUGCCGAGCAGCUUGGGCGCUGGACCCCGGCUGCCAGGCUUUGAUCCGUAUCUGAAGUUUGUCCUCGAUUCGAUAUUGUUGAAAUUCUACAAUCGUGCGUACAAAGAUCCAACCGAGAAAUGGGAAGUGGGUGCCAAAUGCUUGAAGCUUAUGUACUAUUUGUUGGCCAGCUAUCGGCCGAAGGUUUCCGAUUUCAUGGAGCAACGCGAUGAGCAUCCGUAUCCCGGCUAUCACAUCAUGCUGCAGCUGCACGUCAAAUCGGAUAUGCUGCGUCUGCUGUUGCGCAUCAUUGAGGAGGCACGCGAACGUCUCGACGAUUAUAAUCAAUUCAAUGGCAAGGAACUGCUCGAGGAGUGUGCGCUGUACGCUUUACUGUUGCUCGAGGUGGCGCUGGCCAAGCAGAAUGCUUUCUUUGAGGCGCAUGCCACUGCCAAUUGUUCGAUUCUUUUGCCAGGAUUGAAUCGCAUGCUCCUCGAUUUGAAUCCACGCACUCGUGCCCCAGACUAUGUCAUCAAUAUCAUUAAAUUUGUCACCUACAACAGUUGGUUACCGCGUCACACGCUCGCUGCCAUCAAGAUUCUAACGGCUGUCACUCUGUUGCCCGAUGUCAUUACCCAGAUCUUGAAUAUGUAUGCGCAUGGCAGCAACGAGAAGCUGGAGAUACGACAGCGUUUUGUCGAGUGCUUGGAAAUGGAAGUGCCGCGCAGUCAACAAACGGAUGAAAAUAAUGUUCUAAGUGUGGCUAAUGCCCACGAUGAGUUUGGUGGCAACGGGCAGCUGAAUGAAACAGAUUUGCAAGUCGAUCUCAUGGCUUUGGAGGAGCGCAAGCCGCAACGCAUUGAGCUACAGAUUAAGGAGGCAAUUGUGCAGCUCUUCGAAUUGAAUUUGAAUCAACCGUUGCCGAAUUUCGUCUACUUUCUGCUGGGCAUCGAUGUGAUACGCGAUUUUACGGCCAGCGAGAAGCAACAGCUAGGCCUCGACAUCAACUGUUCGUGCAUCAACUCGCUGGUCCUGCUGCUCGAGCGACAUCUAGAGCAACAACGCCACUCGGAUGCGUAUUGCGAGCACACGGCGCACAUUGUGGAGCGCAUCUAUCAUUUGUUCCACGGCCUCUGCGUGAAUCGUCGCACCUCGGAACCUAUUCUCCGCUACUUCCGACUCACCUGCAACGAUUUCCUCGUGCGUCACCUGAGCGCUAUGCCCUUCCGUCAGCAUGGCGAGGAUCAUGUACUCCAUGCGAUGAGUCACCUGAUGAACUGCGUUUGCAUUGAGAUUAAGCUGGCUGCUUCGUAUGGCCAGACGACACGUUAUCAACUCUUGAGCGACAUACUCUUGGCAGUCAAUUCGGAUGGCCAACGCAAUGGCGGACACUGUUUGCCCCAGGAGAUGGGCAAUAAUCUGUUGACUCCCCCAAACAGCAGCAACUAUUAUGGCAUGUAUGUGCUUCCAACACGUGUCGGUUUGCACAACAGUUCAUCGUUGGGUUUGCAUGCGAAUCGUUUACUCGAUUGCCUCACGCUGGACACAACAAGUUUGUCGCAGCCACCGCUGCAAUUCUUCGACGAACCGUUGAUUGCCAAACUCCUCGUCGACUGCGAGGCUCCCACCUGUGUGGGCCGAGCUGGGAUGAUCAAUGUGCACAAGUUGCACGACAUAUUGCACGAUGAGUUGCGUCAUGUGCAGAGCACAAUUGCGAGUGGACAGCGCAAGGCGAUCAUCGAUGAGAUCACGCUCCUCUUGCAGCAUGCCAUCCAAUUGAAUUGUGUCCGCAUGCGUCGCUAUGCCACGUACAGUUUCAUGACUGCCUGGUGUCGAUUGGUUCAAAUCCUUUUCGGUCUGAUGCCCGAUUCGUUGUUGCCGUUGAGUGUGCGCAAACAGCAUAUGAUCGACAUCAUUGAGAAGAUCCUCAUAAAGGUGGAGCCGACACAGCCGCUGGUCAAGAUCUCCAUACAAGUCACCGAUACGGUGCUCAAUUUGUUGGUCAACUUGCGGCAUUGCUACUAUCAACUGGAGGAUCAACGCACUCUCGAGGAGCAUGCCAGUGUUGUGUGUCUAAGUGAUGGCACCACAGCGAAUGCCAACCCCAAUUCCAAUGGCGGAGAUGUCAGCAAAACCAAUAGCAACAACAGCAGCAGCAACAGCAAUAAUAACAACAACAAUAACAACAUUAAUCAGAAGAAUGGAAAUCAGCAGAGCAUCAGCGUUGAAUGCAACAGCAGCAAUUUGCGUUUCAUUCUCAAACGUUUGAUCGAUUGGAUCAUGACCAGCGAGGUCAAGUCACAGAAGAUGAGCAUCAAUCUCUAUGCAUCGCUCAUCAAUUGUUUGCGCAUCGUGAAGCGACUGCGCAGCGACGAACAGAUCGAAUACAAUGAAACCUUGGCGUCGACACGCUGGGACGUCAACAAGACGUACGGCAAUCUGCAGGCAACGCACACCGACGAUGUGCAGCAGAAGGAGAUGGCAGCGGAGAUAAUCGGCAGCAUUGGCGAUAAACUGAUCGACACCAUUUGCCAUGAUGCGAUCACGGGUCACGAUGUGUGCAGCAUGCUGGCAUUGAGUUCGUUGAAUUUGAUCUCCGAGCUGCGGGCGAUUAGCACAUUGAGCGAUGUGGUCACCACGCGUGGCUAUCUCAAUCACAUACUCGAGAGUCUGGCCAAAUUGGAUCAUGUGCUGCGCGAUCUGUUAAAGCCAACGCCGCACAAUAUGCGCGCCCAAUAUGUGUACGAAUCGUAUAUGGCAUUCUUGGCGCAAAUGUCGCAAACGCAUGUGGGCGCUCAUCUGGUGCUCAGCUCGAAGGCGUUGGGUGUGCUCUCGAACAUGAGCAUCUACGAUAUGCAACCGGAUCUGAAGGCCAGCGAGGUGGAGUUGCGUCACCAACAGGAUGAAUUUGUGCCCGCCAUCGAUGCCCGAUUCCGUGCCAUUCUUUUGCCCGCUUUGGCGCUGUGCGACAGCGUUUUGGACUCGCUGGGGGAUCGCAACAACUCGGCAUCGCUGCAAGUGCUCAACUUUAUGAUCGCCCACAUCGAUAUGAUUGAGAGCAUUCUGCGUGCGGCAUCGCCGUUCAUGAAUUUGGGUCACCUGGAGCAGCUGGCGGCGAUUACGCAUUUGUUUGCACGCACCACAACGCACGAUGUGGUCAGCAUUCAGAUGGAUGAGCAGCACAACAACGAUGUGGACAUGUGCAAUCGCUUGAGUCGUUUGCAACAGCUGAUGGUUGUCGUCUUCGGACGGUUUACGGUGAAUGAGCCAACCAUACGUCGGAUGCUGCAUCCGAAUCAAAUGGAUCUGAGCGAGGAGGAAAAGAGUCAGCAUGUGAAAUACUUUUUGCAAAUUGCAUCCAAUUUGUCGCUCUAUUGCCGCAAGGCGGUCACAAGCGGCGUCAAGGAUGGCAUGAGCUCACAGUAUCUGCUCACUACCAUGGUCUCGGAUGUCCGACCACUUUCUGGCAGUGGCGACAGCAAAAAGUUGACUGUUAUCAUGGGCACAAUUUUGAAUCAGCUCAAAGGCUCGAUUGCGUAUUAUUUGUCACAAAAAUCGAUUGCAGACAAUCUGCUGCAGCAACGUGCUUCGCUGCCGAACAUAACAUUCGGUCCAAUUGGCAAGCAAAACUUUUUGGAGCUUAGUCAGCGUCACAAUGAGAAGCGCAGCGAGCUGAUGAUUUCCGUUUUUAUAGCCGAGCAGAAUUUGUAUUUGCUCUGGAUACACUUGGACUUUUAUUUCCGCAAUGCAGUCAUCUACUCGCAGGAGAAUCGCAAUGCCAUCAAUGAAUCCUCGCUGGAUCCAGAGAACAUAUCGGUGUUGAACGCUUCACCAGAUGAGGUGACGAAACUGAAGCAAUUGCUCAUCUCGACCUUCAACGAAACAUUCUGCACACAAUUGCUCGAUGCCAGCGAAGAGUAUUCAAUGAAAUGCAAAAACUUUAAUGCAUCUCUCAUGCGUCGCAUCAAGGCUCUUGUACAAUUUGCGCCACAAUCCUAAUUUAAACAUUUCGUACAAUUAUUAUACUGAUUUUUUGUGUUACCCUUAAUAUUAAUAAAUUACAAUACAUUGAUCAAAUUGCGGAGA